CACCAUCUUCGGCCCCUCCCUCACGUUCUACUCGAUCACUUUGAGGGUUCACUAUAAAUACAUAGAGUCCCUCACACACGAAAAUGGCCGCCAUUGUUGUGUCAUUGGCAUCCGCACUCGUUGCUUCAUCUUCUCGUUCUUCUUCGUCUUUGGUCUUCGCGAAGCUACGGUCUUCGACUGCGCUUCGAGUUUCUUUUGCGGUCUCACCCUUUAGCUCUCGUAGAGGAAGGUUUAUGGCUCACACUCUCGCCCAGGCCACUCUCGGCCUCACUCUGCCGGCUAGUAUCGAAGCCCCUAAGGUCUCUUUUGCUGCGAAAGAGAUUGAUGUGACGGAAUGGAAGGGAGACAUACUUGCAGUGGGUGUCACAGAGAAAGACAUGUCAAAGGAUGAUAACUCAAGAUUUGAGAAUUCAAUUUUGAAGAAGUUGGAUUCUCAGUUGGGUGGUUUAUUGGCUGAAGCCUCUUCCGAGGAGGAUUUUACCGGUAAGGUUGGCCAGUCAACGGUUCUUAGGCUUCCGGGUCUUGGCUCAAAGAGGGUUGGCUUGAUUGGGCUUGGACAGUCUGCUUCAACUACAGCUGCUUUCCGGGGUCUUGGUGAGGCGGUUGCAGCAGCAGCAAAGGCAGCUCAAGCAAGUGAUGUUGCCAUUGUGCUGGCUUCUUCCGAGGGGCUCUCUGCUGAAUUGAAGCUUAACACAGCUACGGCGAUAGCAUCUGGAACUGUACUUGGAUUAUAUGAAGAUAAUAGAUACAAAUCAGAGUCAAAGAAACCCGCUCUUAAGUCUGUUGAUAUUCUUGGUCUUGGAACUGGACCUGAACUGGAAAAGAAGCUCAAGUACGCUGAAUAUGUUUCAUCUGCAGUAAUUUUUGGGCGAGAGCUUGUGAAUUCACCUGCCAAUGUACUCACCCCUGUGGUACUAGCAGAAGAGGCUUCAAAGAUUGCUUCCUUGUACAGCGAUGUUCUUUCUGCUACAAUUUUAGAUGCUGAAGAAUGCAAAAAAUUGAAGAUGGGGUCAUAUCUGGGUGUAGCUGCAGCCUCUGCAAAUGCCCCUUACUUCAUACAUUUGUGCUAUAAACCUCCAGGUGGAUCUGCCAAAGUUAAGUUGGCGUUAGUUGGAAAGGGGUUGACCUUUGACAGUGGUGGCUACAACAUCAAGACAGGACCUGGCUGUUUAAUUGAGCUCAUGAAAUUUGAUAUGGGGGGUUCGGCAGCAGUUUUAGGUGCAGCAAAAGCUAUUGGUCAAAUUAAACCUCCUGGAGUAGAGGUUCAUUUCAUUGUGGCAGCCUGUGAGAAUAUGAUAAGUGGAACAGGUAUGAGGCCUGGAGACAUUGUCACGGCAUCAAAUGGAAAGACUAUUGAGGUUAAUAACACCGAUGCUGAAGGCAGACUUACACUGGCAGAUGCUUUGGUAUAUGCUUGUAACCAAGGUGUCGAGAAGAUAGUUGACCUGGCAACCUUAACUGGGGCUUGCAUAGUUGCUCUUGGGCCUUCAAUUGCAGGUAUCUUUACACCCAGUGAUGACUUGGCCAAGGAGGUAGUUGCAGCUUCAGAGGUCAGUGGGGAGAAACUUUGGAGAAUGCCAUUGGAGGAAAGCUAUUGGGAGUCAAUGAAAUCAGGAGUAGCUGAUAUGGUCAACACCGGUGGUCGUCCGGGUGGUGCUAUCACUGCUGCUCUAUUCUUGAAGCAGUUUGUUGAUGAGAAGGUUCAAUGGAUGCAUAUUGACCUGGCUGGCCCAGUUUGGAACGAAAAGAAACGCGCUGCAACAGGAUUUGGCAUUGCUACUUUAGUGGAGUGGGUUUUGAAGAACUCUUCUUAGAUACAAUGGUCGAAGUAUGAUGUUGAGUGUGUAAACAGAUGCAUCUUUGUGGGGUUUCUAAGGAUGAGAUCAGUUAUAUGAGUUGAGAAUUGAUGGAGUUUGUUACAGUAAAUUAACACUUAUUGAUUUUCAUCUGAAACAUUGAUCUUAGAUGUC